ACCAGUGUUAGCUCUUACAAACACCGCACCAGCGAUGACGUCGUGGCGCGCAAGUGGGCGGCCGCUAUCUCCAUCACCACCGUCGUCGUCGUCGUCCUAGAUCCAACAAGCUCCUGAGCUCCAUUCCCCCGAGCCCACGACCCUCCCGCUGAGAUUCUCAGCAGCGGCGGCGGCGGAAGCAGCGAGUUCUUGCUUGCGCUGGGAGCAGGCACGCGCGAUGGCUGCGGACCGCGGGCUCCUGCUCCUGCUCCUCUCGGCCGCCGCCCUGGCCGGGCUCGCCUCUGCCUCGGCUCCCUUUAUAUCCGACGGCGCGCUCCAGGCGAGCGCCGGAUCUACCGGGAGGAGGUUGCUGCAGGCCCUGAAGCCGUGCCCUGUGAACUUUGAGUUGCAAAACUACACAGGCCUCGUAAGCAGGUGCAAAGGGCCAAAAUAUCCUGCCAAAGAAUGCUGUGAUGCUUUCAAGGAAUUCGCGUGCCCGUACAGUGAAUACAUCAAUGACGUGAGCAACAGUUGCGCGACGACUAUGUUCAGCUACAUCAACAUCUAUGGAAAGUACCCACCAGGCCUAUUCUCCAGCGAAUGCCAUGGUGACAAGAACGGGCUUUCUUGCGAAGGUGUCCCCCAGCAAGGCACUACCAGUGGUGGCGAACAAGCUCAAACCAGCUUGCUCGCCUUCAUCAGUAUCAUGUUUGGACUUGUAGCAUUGUUGUUCCAUUGAAUAUAAUGAUGGUGUCUUUGAUCUCUCCAAAGAUAGCGUGUUGUAACUGAUGAGGCUUGAGUUCUCCUUACGGCGCUCUAAUUGGGGUGGCUGUGCAAUUUUUCCUUUUAUGUGUAAAAUCUCUUGUGAUGUAAUUUACGACAGAUUACAUAUUAUCAGGAACUGGAAUUCCACUU